AUGUCCGGUGUGGCUCCCGUCAAAUUGACCCAAUCGCUCAGAAGUACACGUGUAUCGCGCCUCGGUAUCGUAGCGUGUCGGGCAGGCUUCUGCUCCUCCGCUAUAGCCAGAUCAGCGGGCGGCUUCCCUUCCAGCGUAUCCAGCCAAAAGCAAAAGACGUUCCUGCCACCCUACGCGCCGGUCGGGGUCGCUGCAGCACGGGCCGCAUCUCCAUCCUCUCCUGCGACGCCUACGCUAUUCGAAAAGGAGUUCUCCCUCUCCGACCGCGUCGCCCUCGUCUCAGGUGCGAACCGCGGCCUCGGUCUCGAGAUGUCCAUGGCCCUCGUCGAGGCCGGGGCGCGCGUCGUCUACUGCCUCGACCUGCCUCAGACGCCCGGCGACGAGUUUGAAAAGGUGAAACGGCACGUGCGAUACUUCCUGCCUGUCGCGGCGGAGGCUUUGUGGAAGGUCGGCGAGUCCAUCGGUAAUAAGGAGGGCCGCAUGGACGUAUGCAUCUGCGCGGCGGGCAUCGUCAAGCCCGGCCACGACUGCCUUGACUACCCAGCCCAGAUGUUCAACGACGUCAUGGACGUCGACGUCAACGGCGUACUCUACACCGCGCAGGCAGCCGGGCGACAGAUGGCCCGCUUUGGGAACGGCGGUAGCAUCAUCCUCAUUGCCAGCAUCAGCGGGAGCAUCACCAACAUGCACCAGAAGGUGAUAUCCUACAACACUUCCAAGUCGGCCGUCCUCCAAAUGGGCCGCAGCAUGGCCUGCGAGCUCGCCCCGAAACACAUCAGAGUUAACACCCUCAGCCCGGGCUACAUCUACACUGCUCUCACCGCGGCCUUUAUCGACUCCCAGCCAGGCCUGAGGGAGGAGUGGUCCAGCCAGAACCCGCAAAAUCGUUUGGGACGACCCGACGAGCUCAGGGGUGUCGUUACCUGGUUGGCAAGCGAUGCCAGCACCUAUUGCACCGGCAGCGACAUCAUCGUUGAUGGCGGUCACCGCGCCUGGUAG